AUGGCUCCCAUUCGACGAUACCUUCGCAUAAGCAAGUACUCUGUACUAGAGUGCCGUAUCUACUUAGAUGCUCCAUCCGACUCACGAUGGCUGCUGAAUUCUCGCGAUCCUGUUCUUCCCCGCGUCAUUGCUGCCAUCCGGCCCUUGGUUCUGCCUAAGCUGCGUGAAGAAAACCAGCGACUAUUCUCGCGCAAGAAGGGGAAACCAGUCAAGGAUGUUGUUACUGAAGAUGAGUUCGAAGUAGCCAUUUUUCUCCGCGAAUCGCGUACCCGACAUUCCCUUCUUACGCGCAAUAAGACAUUCCAUGAGCAAGGCGCACAGGGCAAAAACCCAGAUCAGGAGACCAAGCUAGAGAAUGAUUCAGAGACGGCGGCCAGCACGUCCGGUGCUGCCAACGAUGGAAUUAUGAUCGAAAGCGACAGUGAGGCUGAGGGACUACAUGACAUCCCGGAGUCUACAGAUGACGCGGUGCCAGCGGAUGGGCGGCAGAAGCGAAAGCCUAAACUGAAGACCGGCGAAGUGCACGAGGAUCUCACGGGCGACGAUGAAAAAAAGCUCCGGUCCAGUACGCACUACGAGAGCUUCAAUAUCUGCGGGUGGGUGCUGUGUCUGUUGAUCACCCGCAAAGGUGACAAGGCCAAAUCGAGAGCUGCAACAUCUGAACCUAGCCGGCAACCUCUGAUGGAAGAAUGGAUUUCAACCCAGGCCCAAGCGUCCGUAGAUGAUUAA